CAGUUACCCUGGAGAACCUCAAAAAUGGCCGAAUGGAAACCACGUUCGCUGCUUCUGGCUCUGUGUGCCUGCUAUGCUCUAGCUGCCCCCAUGCCCGCCCCAAUGGGAGCUACUCGCCGAGAGGACGGAUCCGUCUUAGUCGGAGACAUCCUCUACUCUUCUGCGCAAUGGGAUGGUCUGCUGUCGAAAAACCUGGACUCACUCGAGAAACUUUGGCCAAGGGAAAAUGGAGUUGUAAAAAUUCCAUUUAAAAUAUCAGACUCUAAGUUGAACGGGACUCUGCUGAAGCUCGGGUUCAGCGCCUGGCAGAGCAAGACGUGCCUCGAGUUCCCCGAGUUGACAGAGUCGGACACAAGGAAAGAGUACCUGAACAUCACGAUACAGACGGGAUGUUUCUCGGGUGUGGGUUACACAGCAGGCAACGUCACGACCAUCAGUAUCUUCGGUGAUGUGUGUGGGCUCAAGGGAAUCACUCACGAGAUAGGCCAUGCAAUUGGGCUGCAUCACGAACACAGCCGUAGCGACAGGAACGACUACGUCAUCGUUAAGAUGGCUAACGUCGAAUUCAGUUCGGCCCAUAAUUUCUUCACAAAGGAUACUGUCAACUUCGGGGUUCCUUACGACUACUACUCCAUCAUGCAUUACCGCGAAAAGGGAGGCUCAGCUUCCGGCGAGCGCGUGCUGCUCGCCAAAGACGCCCGUUUCCAAGAUAUCAUGGGGGAUGCCCCAUGA